AUGGCCACAUCCGUGGGCCAGAGCAGCCUCGACAAUGAUACUCGCGGCUGGAUCAUGUGUGUUGUCAGCGGCAUUGCUUGCGUUGCUGGCGCCUCCAUAGUAUGUGUUGACGUUAUCGUUCGAUUAUUUCCUGGCAAGAGAAACUUUCGCAUCCAGGAUAGCAAUGUCUUCCUAGCUUGCUCUCUCAGCUUGAGUUUUGGUGUCAUGCUAUUUUCCGCAUUGUAUAGUAUGCUACCGGAAUCUAAAGAAUAUUUCCAGCAGGCCAAAUGGUCUACUCAAGCUGCUGGCCUGGUCAUGAUGUCCUGUUUUGCUGGUGGGUUCAUCGGUAUCCAGGGAGUUUCGCGAUUGCUUCACCAGUUCAUGCCUACCCACGUCGUCGAAUGCGAUCAUACACACGACGAAAACGCAACCAAAGACACUUCAUGUCACCACGAGAGGAGACAGUCUCGCGCCCGUCGUCGCCAAUCUUCCUAUCCACCGCCGGAACAAGCACCUGUCAACAAGUCGCUUUCUAAAUUAACCAAUGGUAACGGACAAACCGCUGCGACCGAGUCUACACCUCUGCUAGAGUCCACUUUGGAUAGCCCUACGCAUCCUCUCAAGAGACAAGCCUCUGCUCGCGAUGGAAUGCAACGCCCUGCGAGUCCAAUGCGAAGCCGUACCACUACAGGACUUACCGAUGGCUUCCCUGAGAGGAGGAAGUCCAUGCGAGAAGUUCAAAAGCGAGUCAUGUCCUUUGUACAAGAUACAAAGUGCAAUUGCGACGAGUCAAACUCGUGCUACGGAUUCACGGACCCUUGUGGCCAAGAGUGCUUCAAGCAUCUAAGUAGCCGAACCAGUCUACCGAGCAGACCUGGAAGACAAACCCAGAUUCUGCGCACCACCACUGGGUCAUUCCUAAACCGCCCACCUGAACAUUCUCAUGCCCACCACGACCAUGAGCAUGAGCAUGAGCAUGAGAAUGGAUGCGAAGACUCUGUUGAGCCCUUUGCGAGACCAACUUAUCGAACCAGCAGAGCCAAAUCGCGAGAGCCAUUGGAUCCGAUAGUCCCGGAGGAGCUCUCUGAACACGAUAGCUCAUGCUCAUCUGCUGGAGACGACGAAGAUGUCGAAGCUCAACAUCAUCACCACGUUCCAACAAAUGCAUUCUUGUCCAUUGGUCUCCAGACCUCCAUUGCCAUCGCCCUGCACAAGUUUCCUGAAGGAUUCAUCACUUACGCUACCAACCACGUAAACCCAUCUCUAGGUUUCAAUGUUUUCAUGGCACUAUUUGUCCAUAACAUAACUGAAGGCUUUGCCAUGUGCCUGCCGCUAUACAUGGCUCUGGGUUCUCGCUGGCGCGCCAUGGCGUGGUCAGCCUUUCUCGGUGGUCUCUCUCAACCCAUUGGUGCGGGCAUUGCUGCACUAUGGUUCAAGCUCGCCGAUAAGACCAAUAUGCAACCCAACGCAGUUGCUUACGGGUGUCUCUUCGCUAUCACUUCCGGCAUCAUGGUUAGUGUCGCAUUGCAGUUGUUUGUGGAGAGUCUGAGCCUCAACCAUAGCCGUAACCUCUGCAUCUUCUUCGGCUUCCUGGGCAUGGCUCUACUGGGAUUCAGUAAUGCCUUGGUGGGUUCUCACUAG